CUUUUUCUCAUCUUCUAGUGUGAUACCCUUCCAUAUAACCUGUACAUAUCACCAUGGUGUUCCAUGCUUAUAAUAAUCUCUUAAAGAGACAUCCCUUUAAAACUAAUAUGAUGUCCACGGGGAUCCUUUUCGGUGCCGGAGACGGACUUGCCCAAUGGAUGUUCCCACAUAGAGAUCAUGAUGAUCAUGAAACAAGUUUUAAUUAUCAACGUACUGCUCGUGCUAUGAUUUAUGGAUCUAUGUUCUUUGCGCCUUUGGCAGUUAUGUGGUAUGGUAAGAAACUUCCAACUUUGAAAAAUCCAUUUGUAUCUCAGCGUGUAAGGGCUAGAAUGUCACCAUUUGGUGCAGAAUUUAGUGACGUACUUUUCAGAGUCGGUAUUGAUCAAUUAUUUGUUCCUGGUCUUGUUUGGAUUCCAUUAUAUAAUGUCGUUAUGACGACUUUGGCCUUACAUGAACAUCCUCUUGAUUUGGCAUAUGAAAAACUUUCUAAUAAUUGGUGGAAUGUUUUAAGAGCUAGUUGGACAGUAUGGCCUAUUUUCCAACUUUUUUCAUUUACCUUCAUUCCAGUUCAUCUUCGAAUUGUGGCAGCAAACUUUUGGUCCAUCGGUUGGAAUUGUUUCUUGAGUUUUGUGCAUAAUACCCCUGGUCAUGGUAAGGGUACUGGUAAGAAGUUAGAGGAACUUGUGGAUAUUGAAGAUGAUGCUGAAGAGCAAACAAUGGUCUAUUCGUAGUAGUCAUAUGGAGAAAGAAAUGUUUAGAAUUAUUCAGAGUUUAAUUAUUUCCAAUUCAUUUCAAAAACUCAUGAUGGUGUUAAAAUUAAUCUUUUUCUGAUUGACAAGGGGUUAAUCUGAAGAAAGGUAUUCUGGGAAUACCUGUAUGUAAUAAUUAUAGAUAUGUUAAUAGAGACAAGAAGUAAU